GCACAGAGCUCAAGAAUGUCUUCUCUUCUCAUCCUCUUCUUCAUUGCCUUAACAUUCAAUAUACACUCUUCAAAGGCAACAAAUCCACCUGUAAGGAUCACUGACACUGUCCAUUGCAACCCCAAUAACCUCUACUCAGUCUCUGUCUCAGAUUCCUCUGUUGAAUGCAGAUUCAGACGAGUAGAACCGAGUUUCGGACAGGAGAAUCAAAAGCUGUUCAAGAAAUGGGACACCGUUUUAGACGAGCAAACCCAAUGUGAAAAGAGAAUCAAAAGGUGUUCAAGAAAUGGAGAAAAUCAGAUCUUCUUCGCCGGAGAGAAGCGUCCAAAGAGAAAGCCUAGACGGAUUCUGAAACAAAUAAAGAAAGCAAGUCAGGUUCAGUUUCAAGACAAGGAGAAGAGGAUAUCAAGAUACCUGCAAAACAAAAAUUUAGCAGACAAGAAGUUCUUCUUCCCACAUCCAUGGUUUCUUCCUCCAAACCCAUUUGCACCACCACAUUCGAUUUUCCCACCAAACCCAUUUGCACCACCACCUUCUAUUUUCCCACCAAAUCCGUUUAAACCUCCACCUCCUUCUAUAUUUCCUCCAAACCCAUUUCGGCCUCCACCGCCUCAUUCGAUUUUCCCACCAAACCCGUUUCAGCCUCGUCCUUCUCCUCCUCCAUCAAUAUUUCCUCCAUUGUUUCCUCGGCCACCUCCCACUCCUCCUCCAUCGUUUUUCCCUCCAAACCCAUUUCAGCCUCGUCCUCCUCAACCUCCUCCUCCAUCGAUUUUACCUCCAAUAUUUCCUCAGCCUCCUCCUCCAGCUCCACCUCCUCCUCGAUCAAUAUUCCCUCCAAAUCCAUUUCAGCCUCGUCCUCCUCAGCUUCCUCCUGCUCCUCCUCCAUCUAUAUUUCCUCCAAUCAUUCGUCAGCCUCCUCCAGCUCCUCCUCCUCCUCGAUCGUUUUUCCCUCCGAACCCAUUUUAGCCUCGUCCUCCUCUUCCCAGUACUCCUCCACCGCGCUCUUUCUUUCCUCCACUGCCUCCAAUCUUUCCAGGCCUAAAUCCACCACCACCACCACCACCACCUCCUCCUCCUCCACCUCCGUCAAUAUUUCCAUUUCCUCCAUUCCCAUUCUUUCCACCACCACACAACCCUGGCCCUCCUCCUGCUUUAUCUUCUUCAGCAAACAAACAACCUCAUUAAUCGAACUUAAGUUGAGUAAGGUUUAUACAAGGGUAUAGAAUAAAGAUGAGUUCUCUACUUCUACUGAAAAUUGUAUCUCUUCUUCAAUAUAUAGAUCUAGAUACUCUGUCUCAUAUCAAACUUAAGUCUUAUGAUAACAUGGACUGCCUUAUAUCAAACCAAACAUGAUACAGACAUGUCAAGAAGUACAAAAUAAAUUCCCCGA